AUGCCAUCAAUGUCUCCUUCUGAUUUGCCCUCGCUUUUCCCCUCUGAUUCGCCCUCGCUUCCCCCCUCAAUCUCUCCGUCUGAUUCGCCCUCGCUUUCCCCUUCUGAAUUUCCCUCUGGAUUGCCCAGUGAUAGCCCCAGUAUGAGCCCUUCCAUGACUCCAAGUGAUUUGCCCAGUGGGCAACCAAGUGUCACACCUUAUCAAGCAUUUCAAACCUUGUCUGAUCUCAAGGCAGAAAUCACUUCAUUGAAUUAUGCUUCAGCAACAUACGGACCCAUCGAAACUUGGAAUGUGACUCUUAUUGAUAGCUUUUAUGAGUUGUUUAAAGGAAAUACAGCUUUUAAUGAAGAUAUCAGCGGUUGGGACGUCUCCAGAGUAACUUCCAUGUUCUGGACAUUUCAAGGAGCCACAUCUUUUAAUCAAAACUUGAACAGUUGGGCCACUUCAAAAGUAUCAAACAUGGAAGCAACCUUUGGUUUGGCAACUGCAUUUGAUCAACCACUGGGAAAUUGGGAUGUUUCAAAGGUCACUACGUUUCGGUUGAUGUUUGACGCGGCAAUCUUUGAUCAGGACAUUUCAACAUGGGUCACCUCAUCAGCUACCACCAUGACUAGGAUGUUUCGCGUAACCACGCAGUUUAAUCACGAUAUCUCUGGUUGGGAUACGCAGAAGGUGGUUUUCUUCUACCGAAUGUUCUAUGAGUCUCAGGCCUUCAACAUAGAUAUCAGCCAAUGGGAUAUCUCCAGUGCUACCAACUUUCGAGGGAUGUUCUAUGACAGCGUUUUCAAUCAAGAUCUUUGUGCUUGGCGUUCCAAAAUUAACGUAUCAAUUGAUCCUAAACCAGUCGUUGUUGACAUGUUUGCUCAGUCUGCUUGUGCAAACAGGAAUGAUCCAUCGCCACGUAGCGCUGGCCCCUACUGCAGAGCUUGUUAA